AUGGUUGGUGACGUACUGCAUGACCGUUAUCAUGUUGUAGACAAACUUGGAUUUGGGGGCUAUUCGACUGUUUGGCUUGCCCGAGAUACUCAUAUGAACCGAUAUGUUGCUGUCAAGGUCAACAUAGCCGAUUCGAAUCCUCGCGAGACGGAAGUCCUCAAGGCUCUAUCUGCCCUGCCCCCGACGUCUUUGCCCGUACAUCCUGGGCGUGGCUUAGUACCUGUACUCGAAGAUGAAUUCAAAAUACAAGGCCCUAAUGGAAAUCAUACAUGCUACACCGUAACCCCUGCACAAUGCAACCUUCGAGAGAUCUCAUUCAGCCGUCUUUUCUCCCUCGAGGUUGCUCGAGCACUAUCAUAUCAGCUCGCACAGGCCGUUGCUUAUACACAUUCACAGGGCUAUGUUCACGGAGGUUUCUUCGAUGAGCUUUCUAUCGAGCAAUUUUAUAAAAAAUACGGCGAACCCGAGACACUUCCCAUCACACGAUGUGAUAGAGAACCAUUACCCCCGAAUGCCCCAGCCAAAGCUGUUGUGCCGCUGUUCCUAGGAAAAUACGCGGAGAAUUUUUCCCUAUCCGACGCGCACCUGCUUCUAAGUGAUUUUGGUGAAGCGUUUUCCCCUGCUUUGGAAGCUCAUCUUGGGAAAGACUGCCAUACGCCACCCGCGUUUCGAGCCCCAGAAGCCAAAUUCGAAUCGCAGAUUCCGCUCGCGUAUCCCUCGGAUAUCUGGAGCCUGGCUACGGCAAUCUGGGAGAUCAUGGGAAUGAAGGCUAUUUUCAGCACCGAUUUUGUGCAUGAGGAUGAGAUAGUGUCUCAGCAUAUCGAUGUACUGGGAUCUAUGCCUUCGAAGUGGUGGCAGCGCUGGGAAGGACGGGCCCGAUAUUUCGACGAGUAUGGGUAUCCAACCGAGUCAUACAGCGAAAAUAGAUGGCCUCCGCUCGAGGAGUCAUUUGAGAUCGGUGUGCAGAAAUGGAGGCGGAAGGUAGGAAGCGAGAUUGAGGAAAGCGAGAAAUCCGCGUUUCUGGAUUUGAUGCGCCGGAUGCUCUCAUUCCGGCCGGAGGAGCGGCCAACUGCUGAAGACGUGCUAAUGUCAGACUGGAUGGUCAAAUGGGCCUUGUCCGAUUACGAGCGGAGCUGA